AUGGAGAAGGUUGAGCCUGUCAAGAAGGAGACCGAGCCCGUGAAGGGGAUCGAGCCUGAGGCUGUCGAGCAGGAACACGCAGAUGCUGAGGUAGCAAUCAAGGCGGACAAUGCCCAGAAACUGUCUGUACAGGAGGGCGCUGAGGCGACAGAGGCGGAGGAUGCUAAGGUGAAUGAGUCGGAAGACGUCAAAGCGACUGGGCUGAAUGACGUCGAGGCGAGGGAGGAGGCGAAAGAGGCUGAGGUCGGAGAGGCUCCGCCUGCGCCAAAACUGCAUGUCGCUUGCACCGUUGGCGUUGAGCGGCAGUUGCAGGUUUUGUUACCUGACCGACCCCUCGACUUGCAGUUCAGCGUCACCGACAGCCGUACUUUGGACACCGAGCAUAUUCCUGGACCCCUGAAGCGUUACCUGGAUGAUCUGAAUGCUUUCAUCUCCGAAGGCGGCGAUCGUACGCGGCCUAUCACGCCAGUGAUGGUCAAGCACGACGGUCGGACCUACGUCGUGCACUCCAGUCAGAGCGUCGGGCGCAGCACGGUGCCGCUCACGCAUCGGGUGUUCAGCACGGACACUAUCCAUGCUUCCGCGUUGGAGGAACCCGCCUCUGCCUCCGAGGGCGCACCUUCAGGCAUCAAGGACACACCAACAGCCACCAAGGAGCGGGUCCUCGACCUCGAGGGCGGCGAGCGGACGAAUAUCUGCCGCGUCGAGGUGCCAGUAGGCGAGUCGGACGCAGAGUGGGAGACGUUUUUGCGGACGUGCGAUCGCCUGACGUGCCCUGCAUUGCCGGAGCAGGCGCCGAAGGCGAAGUUGGACUUCGCUGGGUCGUCUGUAACGGAUGGUGCAGGGAAGGAGGCAGAGGGGGAGAGUAGCUGAAGACGACUACCAAUACACUACUCACUAAUUGGCCUGCACGCACUUACAUCCCAAUUCAUCCUCACAAGGCA